CACUUUGUUUUUCAAAGUGUUCUCCCAAACAUCGCUAAUCACAUGUCCUUCGCAUACCUAUUUUUUAUUAACAAGGUGAGGUUGAACCCGUCAAUUUAUAAACACGACCCGUUUAACACCUUUGUAACCUAGUAACAACCUUUUAAUAUAGUUACACCAUACACUGUACAAUACAUUCCUACUCUCCUUCACCACCAGACCUUGAAACCCUAACACAAGAAUGGAUCCUCUAACAGCACUCAGAGAGAUGACAAUCCAAAACAAGCUCGACCAAAUCGUCCGAGUCAACAACGAGUACCGAUUCAACUCAACCCUCUCAUUCCCCUGCACAAUCGAAACCGCAUACAGAUCCAAACAAGGUAAUCUCUACACACUCGAAACCCUCGUUUACUUCAUCACAAACCUCCACAUCAAGCACCACGAUUACAUCCGCAACGCCGGCACUCACCGGAUCCCCGCCGUCACUCUUCUCGAUCGAAAACCCCUAAUCGAGUAUCUUCACGGCCGAAUUUCAUCCACUGACGCCAUUGAAUUUCAUGAUUAUCGUGUUAAUAAUCUACCCAUUUACCCCAAUUUGAAUCUUGCACCGGUUGAUGAUGUUAAUUUUGAUGAUUUAGAAUCUAGGGUUAGGGUUAGGCCUCAGGAUAAAAACCCAAUUGAACUCAUUAGAGAAAUCGAGCGCCCGUUGCGCGACCGGGAGACAGUUCUAGAGUGUAGGCAUAGAGAUUUUUACAGUUUGCUUACCGCCGCGACGAAACGGGACGAAGAACGGCAGCGUGUUGAAUCGCAGCAGCGGAAAGACGGUUUGGUUGCGAAAACACGGAUAGGGGAUGAGUUAGGGGUGGAUAGGAAUGUGAAGAUGAAGGGGGGGAAGAUAGGGGAGGGGGUGCCGAUAAUAUUGGUGCCGAGCGCGUCGCAGACGUUGAUAACGAUAUAUAACGUGAAGGAGUUUUUGGAGGAUGGGGUGUUUAUACCGACGGAUGUGAAGAUGAAGGGGAUGAAAGGGCCGAAGCCGGAGUGUGUGACGGUGUUGAAGAAGUUUAGUAGUAGGGAUAGGGUGGUGACGGCGUAUGAGGUGCGGGAUAAGCCGUCGGCGUUGAAGGCGGAGGAGUGGGGGAGAGUGGUGGCCGUUUUUGUGUUGGGGAAGGAAUGGCAGUUUAAAGAUUGGCCGUUUAAGGAUCAUGUCGAGAUUUUUAAUAAAAUUCUUGGAUUCUACAUGCGUUUUGAGGAUGACAGUGUCGAGUCUGCAAAGAUUGUGAAGCAAUGGAAUGUGAAAAUCAUAUCGAUAAGCAAGAACAAAAGGCACCAGGACAGAGCGGCUGCACUCGAUGUUUGGGACAGAUUAGAAGAAUUUGUGCGUUCACGGUCACGUUCUUGAGAUUUUUUUAUUUAUUUGGAUUCGACAGGCAAAAACGACCAACAUGAAGAACAAACGUACAUGUCAUGAUCUGUUGCGUCUGUGAAACGGUAUGAUAAUUGCUAUUUGAAACCUGCUACUGUAUGAAUCUGUUAAAAUAUACAAGUCAAGAACAUUUUGUAUCAAUCAAGUUGUUGUUUCUUAAA